GUUUAUGUUCACUUGUCUUUCUUGUCUAGUACCACAACGGUGGGCGAUGGAGACUGCAAUAGCCGCUGCUUACUUCAUCCUCGUAUCAUCUAUAACAGGUUGCAUAGGAAACGGCACGUCUUCACUGUCGAGAGAAAGUGAUUGCUAUGACAACAGCCCUGACUGCUUCAAUUGGAUUUUGAAUGUCGACUUCUUUUGCAACUCAACUUGUGAUAGUACAUUGCGAUACAGACUGUCGGGAAUCUGUAAAACCGUUUGUAUGAAUUCUUCAUCGUCCAGUCCUUUACAGUGCAAUCAACAUGGCAUCGACAUCCAUCCAUUAUUAGAAUUUUCGUUCGUUAACUGUUCAACUGGACAGCAAUAUUGGCAGCAUCCAACGGACGACAACAGUUUCAUCGAAUGCGACCCAGCCGGUCCGAAGGUGAAAUCGUGUGACCGAGGAACUAUAUGGGAUCAAGACUUACUGAAGUGUAAAAGUUGUGGAGGCGACCAUCCAGAUUGCUCGGUCUGGGGUCUCAACAUUGCAAGUUUUUGCAAAUCAAUGUCUAAGAACUGUUCUGGACAUCAGCGGCUAGUUAAAAUGUGCCGGAGGUUAUGUGGACGUUGUGAUGCAUAAGGACAGAGACAGAGAGAUGUGUAAUUUCAUCAAAUAUUAUGCAGGAUGCUUCAGUCCACACCAAAGUUUGAUUUCGACUGGCUGCCUCCCCACACUACAUAGUCUACAUGCGCGUGAUGCUGUAUACAUUUCCAUAUAAAUUGAUUUAGCACAGGGGUUCAAACCUUGAAUUCCAUGGUCCACUUAUAACCCAACGUGCAUAUCCCUGGUAGAGGUAAGGGCAAAUUUACACUUCACAGUUUUGAAUACGUUAAUGUAUACUGAUUCAUAAACAAUGAAGCCUUUGAA